UAUCGCGAUAGACAGCCUGUGCAGCUCCGCGGCAGCGGCCUGACGCUGGAAUGCGAAACUAUAAGUUAUUUAGUCAAAACAAAUCAUUGACAAACCUCUGCGUACCAUUUCAGAAGUAUCGCAGCUCUCGCCGGGACUCCGCUAUGGUCCGGGACUUGAGGGAGACUCUCAACAUAUGGGGAUGAGACGAGCUCGGAUAUUUCAGCGUUUGCAGCUCUGGGCUCGUUGACUCUCUGGGUUGGCUAAGGAUGGCGCAGGGAGGCUCUCAACUUGACUACCACAUCCUGCAGGACCUCAAGCAGCGGUUCCCAGAAAUCCCAGAGGGGGUAGUGUCACAGUGCCUUCUGCAGAACAACAAUAACCUGGAUCUUUGCUGCCACCUGCUGGCUCAGGAGAGUAACAGAUACCUGUAUGGAGAGUUCCAUCACAGCCCAGAGGAGGGGCGGCUGAGUCGAAACCACAUGCUGCAUAUAAGCCUAUACCCGGGUUCAGAGGCAAGCAAGGCAAAUGGGGGAGCAGCAGGAGCAGGGCGCUCCCUUGUGCACAGCACCAGUGACAGUCACAUCGAACCCCAGCGGCCCAGCUACCCCGAGCCGCUGUCAGCCCCUGCCACCAUGGCCCCCUCCCCAGGUUACAAUCCUUUCUUUAUGAACGAUCAGAGCCGCUCGGCUAGCACUCCCACACCUCCACCCACAAUGCAGGGCAUGUCGCCCACAUACGCCCCUGUCCCACGUUACACUAUGAACCCUAUAACAGUCACACUUUCACAAAAUAUACCCAAUGUUCCACAGGCUCUACAGAUCCCCCCCGGGCACUAUGCUAACAGCACCAACACAACCCUUUAUAUUCGACCCUCACCCUCCCAGAGCCCACAGCCAGCGCCCUGGUCCUCCUCAGGGGCGCCUGUAUAUCAGCAUCAGCAGUCCCCUUACAGUACUCCCACAUACGGCUCGCCUUACAGCUCCCCGCAGCAUCAGGUUCAGCCCCAACCACAGCCCCAGCCGCAACCCCAGCACCAGCAAUAUGUCUUCCUCCCUAUUAGCUCGCCAACCGUUCCCAGCAUGCCCUACCAUCACCAGCAACCACCCCAGCAACAGCCUGCUGUUUAUAGGCCGUACCACACAAAAAGCUCCCUCAAGAACCAGAUAGAGAUUACCCUGGAGGGUCCACGACCUCGCAGCAACUCACCAGUUCACACGGCUCACCCCCAGGGAGCGCUUUACAUGGCCACCAGCCCUUCGCCCAGCUCCCCUUCGAGGGGCAUCACUAUGAGUGGACCUUCAGGCCCGGCAUCUUUCCACCCUGGGAUGUACCUGCAGCAUCAGGGCCCUGCAAGGCCACGGCCUGCCUCCUCGCCUCAGCCGGGCCAGUCAGCGUACACUUUCAAAAUCAAAGUGUCCCCAGGAGGGCAGGCUCAGAGACCGCUCAGCUCACCACCUGUGGCCGAAGCAGAAUCUCUUCUCAACAUAGUAGAUCAAGGGGAGCACAACGCUGCCCCUGCACCCAUCCUGCCCAUAUCCGCUCUGCCAGGGAAUAUCAUCAGUCAGUUUCAGCAUAUGCCCCGACGUUCAAGCUCAGGCUCUGAUGACUAUGCCUACACACAAGCUCUCCUGCUCCACCAGCGCGCCAGGAUGGAGCGUUUAAUGAAGGAGCUGCUGAUGGAGAAGCAGAAACUAGAACACCUGAAGUCCGACGUCAACAACAUGGAAUAUGACGCCCUUCAAAGACGCUUUCGACGAGUCAACUCCUCAAGUCUCAUACCCAGACCUGAAGAGAUGACCCGAUUGCGGAGUCUGAACAGACAGCUUCAGAUUGAUAUCGACUGUACCCUGAAGGAGACGGAUCUACUGCAUUCUAGAGGGAAGUUUGAUCCAAAAAAAAUGGGCUUUUAUGACAACAUUCAACCCGGUCCAGUUGUGCCGCCCAAACCCGGGAAGAAGGAAGGGGAGCAGGGCUCCAAGCCAGUGCCGGGGCCCCAGAGGGACGAGGACUUUGAAGGCGCCCAGUGGAACUGUGAAAGCUGCACCUUCCUCAACCAUCCUGCACUCAAUCGCUGUGAACAGUGCGAGAUGCCGCGCUACACCUGAGCUUAGUUCUGCGCUGUAUUGCCCACCCCUGCCCUAUUCCCUGCCAAUCCUUGGAUAGUAUAAGCCCCACCCCUCCAAAAUCUGCAGAAUCUGUCUCAAGGUCUUCCCCUGUCAAUCAAUAUACAAGCCCCUCGUACCUGCUGAGGAAGAGCCACUAUCCCUCUCUGCCCACUCGUCCUCUUCCCGUUUCCUACUCCUGUGCACUUUGACCCUUUUAUUCCAUUGGAGGAUGAUGAUUCUUAUUCAGGACAGUUGAAGACUCUUUUCAUGGCAGAUGUAUGAAAGAGGGACGACACACUGCGACUCUGGCAGUGGUUGGGUCGGGGCUUGGGGAAGGUUCAAAUGAUGAAGGAUUGAGGAGGAGGAGGAACUACGGUUUACCUAGAGAACAUUCCACGCAGAAAGAGUGACUGCCCUGUUUACACAACUGCGCCCAUUCCUGAACUCAACAUGGAGGCACUUCCACUUUAAUCUAGGACCUGUAACCUGCUCUCUGACAGUGGAACAAUGAAAGCAAUGGUAUAUACACUCUGACUAAUGCGAAAUGUAGACUGUACACUGUAUCUGGCUCUGUAUUAGAGCUCAUUUCACUGAAAGAAGAACACUAAAGACAUUUGCAUACGAGUAUAUUCCUGGUACUUUUAUGCAUAUAAGCCACCCUGUAUUAUGUCUUCAGAAGAUGUUGAUUUCCUGUGCAAAUGCCUCAACUUGCUGUACUCAAUAAAGGAGCUGAUUCUA